CCCUGGGGAAGGCGGGGGCCGUUUCCAUAGCGGCGGCGGCAGGAGGUGUCGCGCCGGGGAACUUCCUGGUUCCCGGGCUCGGCUUUGCCGGGAGCCUCCUGGAAGGGAAACAAUGGGGCGGAGGGCACUGCGGUAGCCGCCGCCGCCGCCGCCACUGCCGCCACCGCCGCACCGGACCCGCUCGGCCUCCCGCGACUGGCCGCCGCCGGGACUGCCUUGAGAACAGGAUAUGUAUUCCUCUGAGAAACCCUGGAUAGUAGAUUUCGGCUUAAUACUGGAUUGGGACCACACACAGAGACUUCUCCAGUCAUGAAUUCCGACCAGGAUGGAGCGCUCAGACUUGCUCAGGAACGAGCUGAAAUAGUUGCUAAAUAUGACAGAGGACGAGAAGGUGCAGAGAUUGAGCCAUGGGAGGAUGCUGAUUAUCUUGUUUACAAAGUCACCGACAGAUUCGGCUUUUUACAUGAGGAGGAGCUCCCGUAUCAUAAUGCAGCUGCGGACCGGCAAAAGCAGCUGGAAAUUGAGAGAACUACCAAAUGGCUGAAAAUGCUGAAAGGAUGGGAAAAAUACAAGAACACUGAGAAGUUUCAUAGACGAAUUUACAAAGGAAUUCCACUCCAGCUCCGAGGUGAAGUAUGGGCUCUUCUUCUUGAGAUCCCCAAAAUGAAAGAGGAAACAAGAGACCUUUAUAGUAAACUAAAACACAGAGCACGGGGUUGUUCACCUGAUAUCAGACAAAUAGACCUUGAUGUGAACCGCACAUUUAGGAACCAUAUUAUGUUUAGAGACAGAUACGGUGUGAAGCAACAAUCCUUAUUCCAUGUUCUUGCUGCAUAUUCUAUCUAUAACACGGAAGUCGGCUACUGUCAGGGGAUGAGCCAGAUCACAGCCCUGCUCCUUAUGUACAUGAACGAGGAAGACGCCUUCUGGGCCCUGGUUAAGCUCUUCUCGGGCCCCAAACAUGCCAUGCAUGGCUUUUUUGUCCAAGGUUUCCCUAAACUUUUGAGAUUUCAAGAACAUCAUGAAAAAAUUCUGAAUAAAUUUCUUUCCAAACUGAAGCAGCACUUGGAUUCUCAAGAAAUCUACACAAGUUUUUACACAAUGAAAUGGUUCUUUCAGUGUUUCCUUGAUCGAACUCCCUUUACGCUGAACCUUAGGAUAUGGGACAUCUAUAUUUUUGAAGGAGAGCGCAUUCUUACUGCUAUGUCUUACACAAUCUUGAAAUUACACAAAAAACAUCUAAUGAGAUUGUCUAUGGAAGAACUUGUAGAAUUUCUUCAGGAGACUCUCGCCAAGGACUUUUUCUUCGAGGAUGAUUUUGUAAUAGAACAACUUCAGGUUUCUAUGGCAGAGCUAAAGCGGGCAAAAUUAGAUCUCCCAGAACCUGGUAAGGAGGAUGAAUAUCCAAAGAAACCCUUGGGGCAGCUUCUGCCUGAGUCUAAUUCUGCUUGUAUUAAUCAUUUGAGCAAUGGACAAAGAAGUGUUGGCAGGCCUAGCCCCCAAAUAAGCAGCCGAAGAGAAAGCGGGUCACCUCACAAGAAGCAUGAGCAUUCCCCUGCCCACCACAGCAGAACUGGCACACCAGAAAGAGUCGGGCAACCAAGACGGAAGUCGGUGGAUGAGGAGAGUAAAAAUACGAAGCAUGAGGCAGAUUUUCAGAGAAAACCUUUGUCGGGUACGCAGGACAGUUCCAGGCACCGUAACCAUGCAGCUGCUAACCAAAAUAGCAAUGCAAUUUCAAACACCAGGAAGGAAUUUGCACCCAAAUGGAAGAAACCAUCAGAUGCCUCAGCCAUUGAAAGAACUGCUAAAUAUGCCAUUGAAGGCAAAAGUCACUCAGUGCAUCCCACUCUGAGUUCUGCUGAGACCCGCAUGUCAAACUCAAGGCAAAAGAUGAAGGUUUUGGAUGGCAGUGAUGGGAAACGGGGUUCUAAUGCUUCACAGUAUGACAAUGUGCCUGGGAACGAAAACGAAAACGGAGCUUCUGUGGAAGAGGCACUAGAGCGGACUUACCCUCACAGCUCCAGUCCACCCAAAGUACCCAACAAGUUUACUUUUAAAGUGCAGCCUCCCAGCCAUGUGCGAUCCCCAUCCCAGCCAGGAGAGGGUCUCAGAGCUGCGCAUCCGCCCUCCUACAGCAACCCCCCUGUCUACCAUGGGAAUUCUCCAAAACACAUUCCUAUUGGCCACAGUGGCUUUGUGUCCACACAGAUCAGCCCUGGGUCUCAAAUUAAUGCUUCCAGGAGACCUUAUGGCUCUUCUCUUUCUGUUGAUAUUUCUCCAGAGAAAUCUUACAGCCGCCCAAGCCCUGUCGUUCUGCCAUCUAGUCGGAUUGAAGUCCUUCCUAUUGACGCUGGUGCCAGGGUAUAUGCAGGCAGUUCAGGGUCACCAACGCGUGGGAAGUUCAUCCUUCCUCCAGUGGAUUAUUUACCAGACAACAGAAAGUGGUCAGAAGUUAGUUAUACAUACAGACCUGAGACGCAUGGACAGUCAUGGACUCGAGAUGCUAACCGUAGCCACUUAGGCAAUUUACCAAAAUAUGCAGCCUUUCAACACGUACCUUUUCAGGACCAUGGCCUUCCAGAAGUAUCUGUAGACAGUCCAGUGAGGUAUAAACCCUCACCAGCUGUGGAAGAUGUCAGUCCUCCUAGGUAUCAGUACGCAGGGCCCUUGCCUUCAGCACAUCACUACAGAAAUCGAGAGGGGCUUUCUGUUCAAGAGUCAGUAUUGCUGUGAGAGUUUGGCUGUAUUCACUGAUGACAAAGAGAAUAGAAACCAUAUGAUACCCACAUUGCUAUGUUUAUAAUUGCCAAAGCAGUGUUUUAUACUAUUUUAAACAACUUGCGCAGUUCCAGCAUGUGUCCAUAGUGAGGGUGUGUGGGAUGCUUCAUCCCAUGGAGAUGCUGCUGAAGAUGAGGGCUGCAGUUGCACCUCCCUGAGCCUUCCGUAGGAGGCUAUCCCGGAAACAUAGCAGUGGCGUG